AUCGAAAGAAAUCUAUGCUGAAGUUAAAAAACUAUCUGCAGAACUUCUUCAACAUGGUCAUCAAUAUGAUUCAAGUUGGAUCACACGACCUUUAAAUAAAGAUGAAACUGUCGAAUCAGCUCUUUGUGGACAUAGUGAACGUCUUGCAAUUGCUUGGAAUUUUGUUGCAAAUCCUAAUGCAUCACGAAUUCAGCUGACGAAUAACCUUCGUCUUUGUGGAGAUUGUCAUCGUGCAACUAAAUUAAUUGCCGCAAUUCGUAAAUGUAAAAUAAUUGUACGUGAUGCAAAUCGUAUUCAUCACUUCACCACCGAUGGAAAAUGUUCAUGCAACGAUUAUUUCUAA